AUGAAUUUUGACUUUGAUUUCUAUCGCGAAAAUUUAAAUGCCACGAAACCGCCUUAUAAAUGUCCGAUCAAGAGCUGCGACAAACUCUACCGAAGUCUGCCAGGCAUCAAGCAACAUUUGAACGAACACGAAAUGGAGGGCAACAAAUUAAACCGCCCCUUCACUAAAAACGGCAAGAGAAAUAAAAAUGCGAAGUCGAAAUACAAAGGAGAAGCUGGCCUUAAAAGUGGUAACUUUAAUAAUCAGCUGCUUGAAGUUGAGUUAGGAGGUGAAACAGUAACUCUGGAUGCAAAAAUGCCAAUGCAAAUUAUAAAGAUUGACAGUAAGUUUGAAACAAAAGUGCCUAAUUUAAAAAUGAUAAGUAGCAGAAAAGAUCGUAAUGAUGAUUUUGAAGACAGUCACUACCAACAUGAUGCAGAUGAACAUUCUCAUGGUGCUACUAAUCUACCAGAAGCUAAAUUUAAAAUUCUUGAUGAUUAUGCGAAGAGAUCAGAUUGUGCUUCAUCAGAAAAUAGAAAAGAAUUCAAAUCCAUGUAUGAUCUGGAUGAGCAGGAUAAAGCCUGGUUGAGUAUAAUAAACAAAGAGAGAAUGAAGAAACAUCUGCCCCAACUAACUCCCAAUUUACUUGAAUAUGCCAUAGAUUUAUUUGAACAGCAGUGCUACUUCAAACAAAUUUCAUCUGCUCCACACAGUCCCAGCCAGCAUUUGAACUCAACAAAGGAUGAGGAUGCUGUCUGUUGCAUCUGUAAUGAUGGUGAAUGCAUCAGCACUAAUGUCAUCCUGUUCUGUGAUCUAUGCAAUAUAGCUGUCCAUCAGGAAUGCUACGGUGUACCCCACAUACCAGAUGGGCUAUGGGUGUGUCGUCGAUGCCUAAUCUCUCCGUCGAAUUCAGUGCCAUGCUGUUUGUGCCCAUCUAAAGUGGGGGCCAUGAAACAGACAGAUGACGGCAGGUGGGCUCACAUCAUUUGCGCCCUCUGGAUCCCCGACGCCGGGUUUGCCAAUCUCGUCUUCCUGGAACCCAUUGAUGGCAUUGAUAGGAUAUCAAAAGCUAGAUGGAAGUUAACCUGUCAGAUAUGCAAGCGGAAGUCAUCAGGUGCAUGCAUACAGUGCCACAAAUCCAGCUGCUACAAUGCUUUCCACGUCACCUGUGCCCAGAAAGCCAACUACUACAUGAAAAUCGAGCCCAUAGCUUCACACACCGCUUCAUUAUCCUCACCACCCCCCUCUUCUUUUAGUUACAAAAAGACUGCCUAUUGUGAUAUGCAUACACCGAAAUCUCAUCAGAGUGACAAAAGUUGCAAGAGUGUUUUAGAUAGAAAUGUCAGUGUUUUGUCCACAUCUGGGCCAAUGAAAUCUAGAAUAAGGAAGGCGAGAAAGAUGGUGAUGGAAGGGAGAGAGGAACUGCCCAUUCUGUCAUUUCCUAGUAUUACUGAUAAGUGGUAA